UUUUGUUCUUACGUUCUUGUAACUGUGCGAGGAGUUCUGGAAUUGUUCUGGAGUCAAUACAGUUUGUUGGCUUUUGGAUCAUCUAUAGGUUUUUCUUGCUAUUUAAUAGCAUUGUGGAAAGGUUCCGAAUUUAUGAAACUUCGCCGACGAGUUUUUGCUAGUUAUUGGCCUUUGACAAGUCUUGGGGACAAAGCGUUUCAAAAAAUCAAGAAAUUCGGCUACUCUGCAAAUCUUUAUACGAUGGCUGCAAUUUUAGCUUCAAUUGCAACGUCAACUGCUGGUUUGCCUUGGGUUGGCGAUGAAUAUGAUAUUAUGUUUCCAGUGAGAGUAUAUACUGAUUACUUAGGCGAAAGGGCCGUUCCACUUUUAGUGUUUUUUUAUAUGACGUUGUAUUUCACCGGAUUUGUUAUGAUUUCUACCAGUUUCAUUUUUGUUCAUUUUGCUUUACAUCUUAAGUUUCAGUUUUUUUUAUUAAAUGUACGGCUCGAUGGUCUUCGAAGAGAACCACCAGUUGAAGGUAAUGAUAUUUUGUAUCAAAAUCAUGUCAAAGAAGAAUUGACGUCUUGUAUUAAGUACCACCAAGAACUGCUCAAAGUCGCAAAAGAAAUGAAUGAUAUUGUUUAUUUUCCAAUCUUUAUAGUAAUGUCUAGCGGUGUAAUAUUUUCUGUAUGUCUUCUUUUUUAUGUGAAAAACUUUGCGAAUUCUUUGGUACGAGGAACUACAAUGGCCAUAACUGGAUCUUUAAUAACUUUUGGGUUUGGAAUCACAGGACAGCUUAUGGAAAACGAGUCUGGAAGACUUUUCGAUACUUUAGUAUUGUUGCCUUGUCAUUUAUGGAGUCUCUCAAAUAGAAAACUUUAUCAUAUUUUUUUAACCAAAUCACAAUAUCAUAUUAGUUUUUCAAGUUCUGGCAUUAUUAAUCUAAACCACACUUUAUUUAUUUCGUUGUACACAAAAGUUACGUCGAUAUUGUCAUUUCUGAUGAACGUUUCCAAUAAAAGCGACACAAAGUAAUUUUCAAAUUUUGCGAUUAAAUCAUCAUUAUUGAUACAAAAAUAAUAACACAAUAUUCC